AUGGCUUCCAAAUCGGUUCGAAGGCCGGAUCGCUGGUACUAUUUCGCAUAUGGUAGUAAUAUGAGCCUAAAGCAGAUGGCAGAACGGUGCCCGUCAUCUCUAUUCAUGGGAAUGGGCAGAAUUGAUGGAUAUAGGUGGCAGAUUAACCAGCGUGGUGUUGCAAAUAUUGUCCAAUGCCGGGGAGACUUUGUCGAAGGUCUUGUUUACCAAAUCGACGCCAAGGACAAACGACAACUAGACCGCAGUGAAGGCGUAGCGCUGGGUUUUUACAACGAUGAGCAUCUACACACUCAGUUCUUGGCCUUGCCGAACUGCGGAAUCAAGACCUUCCAUGUUGCGAAAGAACUCGAGAUGGACGAUCAACCUGAUCUCAAAGAAAGAGAGCACCAACCAUCCGCUCUAGGGCCCAAGAGGAGCAACAUAUCAGAGUCCACUUUUGUUGAUCAAAACCCAUCGCACCAACCACUAUCGAGGUAUCCGAGACAAGAGAGCUUAGAGAUGUUUGAGGCUCUUGUCUAUGUUAGCAAGGAAUACAAGGAUGACGGAUUAAUCAGAUCAGAAUAUAUUCCACGCAUGGAGAAGGCAAUCACGGAUGGACGGAAGAUGGGAUUGUCAGAUCAAUUCUUGAAUCACAUCGAUCGUACCAUUCAUCAAGGGGUACCACCGCGUCAGAAUAACGAUGCCUUCCGAACAAGGUACGGUCCUUACGAGAAAAUGGAAAAUGGUGGCACAAGCCAUCAGCCGUACGAGAUCUUAGAAAGCAUUCGACCAAGUCAAGAACAGUACGAACGAGUGUCAACAAUUCGGCCCAGCUAUCCAAGGUACGCGAGGGUGAUAACUGCUCGGCCAAGGUGUCAAGACUUCCACGAUCUCGAUGGCAAUUUCAGAUAUGCAGAUGAAAGACCCUAUCGACCGACAUUCGAUACUGGGAGACAGUCAGAGACUCAAGAACGGGGCAGGGACAGGGACAGGUCUCCGACGAGUUCCUGGCAGAGUCGGGGCAGGGACGAACGGCGCGGUGCAGGAUCAGUUACGCUUGUCACUUCACGUUACCAUAUUGGAGGUCAUACUGAGCAGGUUGUUGAGUACCGCAGACGCGGUAGCUCUACUCCGUACUAA